AUGUCCGACGUCCCACCAACCGAGUCCAAUCUCAAUCCAGAAGAACCGAAAGCACCAACCCCUGCACCUCAGUUCCAGCAAUUCCAAUCUCAAUCCAAAUUACUACCAAUUUCCACCUCAAUCCAAAUCGAAGAGAGACCAAGAGUUCGAAGAAGGUCUGAACCGCUUACGCAAAGAGUAUGCCACAGCUCCAAUUGA